GGUAUAAGACCUUCACCAAUCGAAUAUCCGAAGUCGUGAGCGGGCGCUUCCGUGGACUUCGACCAACGUCACCUUCGCCCUCGGCCCAUCGCCGACCUCCUCUUCCGACAGCCGACGGGUAGCGCAUCUACCAGCUUCCUCAUGGUCUCGUCGUCUCUGUACAAGGACGUUGCCGCCAGCGAGCGCUUGCUCCGCGAGAGCCUCAAGAACGGUGCGCCAUGCAUCCCGGACGACCCGCUUCGCCUAAGCCUGCUCGAGAAGGCGCUCCACUACACGUCGUCGUACCCGGCGGACUCGGCGUCCAAGAAGACCGAGGAAGUGCUUUGGAAGCCGUGCUUCUACAAGUGCAUCGAGAGCUUCCGUCGCAGCAUUCGCAAGUAUGCAGCGGCCUCAAACGGCGACCGGCGCGUGCGCGAGCACUUCUUCCAGGUCUCGCUGCAGUUCCAGUCCUUCCUCGACAGCGCGUCGGCGUACUACGAGAAGCUCCACGACGCGUUCGCGGCCGGCCCGUCCAGCGACGCCGUGCUCCAGAGCAUGUUCCGGUGUCUCAUCUUCCUCGGCGACAUUGCCCGGUACCGCGAGCUGCACAGCCAGAAAGCCAAAAAGAACUUUGCCGCCGCCGAGAGCUUCUACCACCGCGCGCUCGCUGUGAUGCCCGAGAACGGCAACCCGCACAACCAGCUUGCUGUCCUUGCGACGUACGUUGAAGCCGAGACGAUCGCUGUGUACCGGUACUGCCGCAGCCUCCUCGUGCCCCAGCCGUUUGCUACCGCGGCUGAAAACCUUGCGUUGCUCUUUGAACGGGCGCGGCAGCGCCCGAUGCCGGCGCAUCUCCCGCCGAUCGCGAGUACGUCGUCGCCAAAGGACAAGUCGGCCUUCCUCAAGAGCUUUCUCCAUCGUCUCACGCGGCUUCAUGGUCAUUUUCUCUCGCCGGGUGGCGACGCUGUCGACCCGACCACGUACCCCUUGGACCUCGAAGAUGCGGUCGGCGAUGACUACAAGCUCUUGUUGUCCGCCGGCGUCAUUGGCGACGCUCUCUUGCUCAAGCUCUGCGCCAUCAACAUGCACUGCCUCCACACCUCAGUGGGCACGAUGCGCACGCAUGCACUGCGGCUUGCGUUGCUGCUACUCACAACGACGCUUCAGUAUGUGGACGAGAACCGGGACAAGACGACAGCGCUGCUCGGGCCCGUGAGUGUCAUGGCUGACUACUUGCAUCCGCGGCUGGAGCUACUCGCGUCUGUCGAGACAGCCCCGUUUCUCGAAGCGCUGGCGUGCGUGCUCAACAGCCUUUGCUUGGACCACGACGACCCGGACGCGCUCGCGUGGAAGCCAAAGCUCAAGGAAAUGCACGAGUUGCGCUGCUUUGCGCCCUUGGACGGCUCCUAUAUCAGAGCCAACGAGCUCCUCUCGGAGACCGAUGCGCUGCACGUGCGCUGUGCCAACUUGGUUGGCUUUGGCCGCCGCCUCACCAAGCCGAUUGGUGACGAGGAACGCGUGUACCUUUACUGGCACUUGAACCAGUUUGAGACGUCGCCGCGCUGGUCGGCCGCGUCGCCCAGCAACGUGAGCAUGGGUCUCCUCAGCCAGCACGGCGGGUUCGACGAUGACAUUGGCAACGAAGACGAGGAGGACUUCGACGACGAAGUCAUUGUGUUCCAGCCGUCCACAUACACGCAGCAACCGCCGACGCCGCCGACGCUCGUAUCGAGUCCGUCGUUCAACAGCGUCGACCUCUCGGCGUUCCGGCACUUGGGCGCGGGCGUUCGUGCUUCGUCCGAGGCGUCGUUGUGGGGCCAGCAAGCGCCGACACCACCGAUGUCUCGUGCGCAUAUGGACAAGCAACCGCUGUGGGAAGAUUUGAACGCCGUCGAAGAGGAAGGCGCGCGGUAUGCACACCAAGUGUCGAGCUUGAGCAUGUUUUUUCAGCCGGACGACCGCCGCCCGCCGCCGCCCACCACCCGCGUCGUGACGCGCAACCCGUUCUUUGUCAACUCGUGAGGUGCGUGCACUCGAGAUCCUCUCAGCGCCGCCACAUAUGCCACGCGCGGCCUUAACGACAGACCCACACAUGAAGAAGAGCAGGCAGACAGGAUGUGCGAGUAGCAGUAGAAGUAGACGCGUACGACCACAAAUAGCCCAACCCAGUAUUUCACUUGA